AUAAACUAAAAACAAAAAAAUAUAUUACAUUCAUUAUACAUUUUUCAAAAAAUAUAUUACAUUCAUUAUCUUAAUCUUUCAUUUCACACUUCUACCAUGUGUCGUUGAACCAACGAAGGGUUUACAGUUCACCGGCAAGAAAAAAAAAUGGAGCUAUCGAAGAAGAGAAAGACGGAAGAGAACGGCGUUCUGUACACAACGGCCGGCCCCAACGAUGUCGUUGCUCCGCCGCUGUCCCUCUCUUCUUGCAGUCUCAGUCCCCAAGAUGCACGCAAGAUCCUCGAACCCUUCACCAAAGAACAGCUUCUUGACGUCUUACAAACUGUCGUCGUACGCGAUGUUGCUGUUUUAGAUGCCGUCCGCUCCAUCGCAGACUCUGACCCCACCCAACGUAAACUCUUCAUCCGUGGCAUCGGUUGGGAAACCACCAGUGAAAAGCUCCGAUCGAUCUUUUCGAGUUUCGGAGAACUCGAAGAGGCUAUUGUGAUAACCGAUAAAAACACAGGCAAAUCGAAAGGUUAUGGAUUUGUUACAUUUAAGCAUAUAGACGGUACAAUUUUGGCUUUAAAGGAACCUAGCAAGAAGAUCGAUGGUCGUAUUACGGUAGCGCAAUUAGCAGCGGCUAAAGAUUCGAAUAAUGUUGAUGUGUCUACGAGGAAGAUUUACGUCGGCAAUGUUCCUUUUGAACUUUCGUCGGAGAGAUUGUUGAGUCACUUUUCAUCGUAUGGUGAGAUUGAAGAAGGGCCGUUAGGGUUUGAUAAACAGUCCGGGAAACAAAAGGGGUUUGCGUUUUUUGUGUAUAAGACGGAGGAAGGCGCCAGGAAUUCAAUCGUUGAUCCGAUGAAGAACAUCGAUGGACACCAAGUUAACUGUAAAAUGGCCACCGAUGGGAAGAAGGGGAAAGGAGGUGGGCCUCAGGGACCAACUGGAAUGCCUGAUUCUGCUCCUCCAUCUGGUUCGAUGCCAGGGUCCAUGAAUACUGGCUAUGGUAUGCCGGGUGGGUUAACAUCAUAUGGUGGAUAUUCGAGUGGGCGUCCUCUUCCUCAUCAAAAUCCACAGAUGAACUCUUCAUUGCCUUCAACAGUUGGUGGUAGUCAUGGUUAUGGUAAUCAGGGCCCACCUUCCUAUGGUGGUGGUAGUGGCGGCGGCUACGGUGGUGGUGGUGGUUAUGGUAGCGGUGGAUACAGCAGUGGCUCACAUUAUGGAGGUGGUGCUGCCUCCGGGGAUUACCCUGGGUAUAACAAUUAUGGGUCGUCUAGAAUUCCUCCUAGCUCAGGUGGUGGUUAUGGUGGUGGUGAUGGUGGCAAUUAUGGUGGUGGUGGAUACAGCAGCGGCUCACAAAUGCCACCAGCUGGUCCAAGAGGUCCACCUAGCCAGAUGUAUCAGGGUGGGCCCCCUUACUACUGAGGUGUAUGAGAAUUAAGAGCUUGUUGAGUUGAAGACAAAUGGUUUUAUUUGGUUUUGGUGAUAAAUGGACUCUGCUUGCUUGCUUGCUUGCUUGCUGUCUGAUGUCUGAUGUCUGUACCCAUUAAGUGCUUGCUACAUGAUCACUCACUCUCUAUCUCAUCUGCCUUAUCCUAUCUGACUUGUGGAUCUGAGUUUACUUUACUUACUAGUAGUAAAAACCAAUAUGUUUUAGAUCUUUGUUGGCAACUAAGAAAGACAUCUGUUAUUAUAGUUUCUACAAUAUGAAUAUGGUAUGUGCUUCUUCUUA